CUACCCAGAGAGCCUCCAAAUGCCGCCUCUCACACGCCUCGGGCCCAGAACUCGCUGGAGCUGCUCGAACGGCCUCACAGCCAAAGAGAAGAGAGAGCCUUAGAGUGGAGUCGCCUGAUUGGCUACCCAAGCAGUCAACAACACCUCGUGAGGCGUUUCUGUCCCCCGCCAUUGUUUCCCACCGUGCCUUGCUGCAGAGCCGCUCCGAGGAGCCCGUGAACCGUACAAGAUGGCAGACGUGCUGGACCUUCAUGAGGCCGGAGGCGAAGAUUUCGCCAUGGACGAGGAUGGGGACGAGAGCAUUCAUAAGCUGAAGGAGAAGGCCAAGAAGCGCAAGGGGCGCGGCUUCGGCUCAGAGGAGGGGUCCCGGGCCCGAAUGCGAGAGGAUUAUGACAGCGUGGAGCAGGAUGGAGAUGAACCCGGGCCGCAGCGCUCUGUGGAGGGUUGGAUCCUCUUUGUGACCGGGGUCCAUGAGGAGGCCACCGAAGAAGACAUACACGACAAGUUCGCAGAGUAUGGGGAAAUCAAGAACAUCCACCUAAACCUGGACCGGCGCACAGGAUACCUCAAAGGCUAUACGUUAGUGGAAUACGAAACUUACAAGGAGGCUCAAGCGGCCAUGGAGGGACUCAAUGGCCAGGAUAUGAUGGGACAACCGAUUAGCGUGGAUUGGUGUUUUGUUCGUGGUCCACCCAAAGGCAAAAGGAGAGGUGGCCGAAGACGGAGCAGGAGUCCAGACCGGAGACGGCGCUGACAGCUGCUCAAAUGCUAUUCUCCUAUUCUCUCUCCAGGAUCAGUUUGCUUCCAUCCAGCCUUGGAGGAAAGGGGCUGGGAUGGGACUCUGACUUAAUCUCCCACCUCCUUAAGUGUUCUUUUUUUUUUUUUUUUGCAUUGUGAAUAAACAGUUUAGUUUUCUUUUCUACAUGUGAGAGAAUCAAACCUAUCAGGUAAAAAGCCAGGGAGGUGACCCAGGCUUUUUCUGACUGUUUAAGAGGUGAAAACCCAUUCUUCCAGCUAAAGGAGUGAAAUGUACUAUAACACUAAGGGAAAUAUCAAGGAUAUUUUCCUAAGUAUUGAAUUACUGAAGUCUAGAACGUUCUUAUUCUUUCCCUUACUAGAGUUGGAAGAAGAAUCUUCUCCUUUGCCUGGGGUAGGUGGUGAGGAAUGGGAAUGGCUACAGGAACAAGGUAGGGAUUCUGAAAAAAUAGUUACUCUUUAUCUGUGGUUGCAGGCCUGGGGCUAGAAUUGAGGAUCUCAGCAAGAGUUACAGAGAUGUUUCCUCCAUUUUUCCUGUCUUCCCACUAUCCUCUGUGCUAGCUUCCAGCUGCCUAGGUGCCUGAACCACUUGUUGAGGGACUCUCCAAGAGCCCCUCCCCCGGGAAGAAUCUGAGCCGAGUUCCUGGUGCCCUUUUCUGCAACCAAGGGUAAAGGCCCCAUAGAGUAAGGGGUCCAAGGGAGCAUUGAGGAGGCCAAAAAGGAACAGAAUGUGGCUGAGACUGGGAGGGACAUUGCUUAGCAUGCUGGGAGAGAACCAGUACCACAGACCCAGCAGGUAGUAGGGUGUCCAACAGAUAACGAAGGUCAGCAGGACAAGUAGGGAUAGUCGAAGGGCCCGAAGCCGAACACGGGGGCGAUUGUCAAAGGAACGACGAAGAGCGAACUGACCAACAGGGGCUGGGGAGUCAGAGAUGAAUAAUUGUCAGUUCCCUUUCUAGGCACUAGGUGGGCAUGAAGGCAAGCUGAUGGAAAGAGGAAGAUGGAUAUUGCAGUUCUUUUUGAAGCUCACAUAUGAAUACUAUAUUAUUCUUGUACACAUGCACAAACACCUCAUUGAGGGUAUGAAUCAUCUUUUCAAAUGGGGCUUAGGGAGGUGAGACAUGCUGGGGAAAGGACUUCAGGCCAGAGUAUGGGGUACUGCUGUAGAAUAUAAAAUUAACCAGUCCCACUCCUUCCCUCCACCCCCACCCAUUCUAAUCCUUACCCAUGGCCAAGGGAGGUGGUGGGUGACACAUACCACCACCUGCUAAAACCCUGUGGACCUGGGUUUUAAAGAAUAACCAGAUACCAUUAGGACUGUUUGGAUUCUUAACUGAUUUCCCCCAUAUCAGUGGGCUGGAGUUGAGUACUGUUGUGAUUAGGGUCUCACUAUGGGCUAAAGACUAGGAGACUUUCAUGUGAAAAUUGGGACUGAAGCUGUGGAUUGGGAAAUGAGCAUCAGGAUCUAAGGAUUGGAGUCUCACCACGCUCCCCUUUCCCUGUUCGGUGUCUGGAUACACUGAAUACAAUUCGGCCAUAGCAGACUGCCAUGGCUGUCAGAGGUAUCAGGAAGAGCCCGCAGAAGGUGAAGAGGUUAUAGGCGAUUUCUUGCCAUCGGGCCUUGAAGCUUCCUUUGGUGACACACUGAAUGAAGGGGACUGGGCCAGCACGGCGGACAGUAUGAAACAGGAACAGCUGGAGUGGGGUGGAGUAUAAAACAAAAGACUUCCACCUUCUUAUGUCAUAAUAUUCCCCACUACCAUCCCCUUACCCCUGCAUAUAGGGAGGUUGGUAUAGCAAUAUUGGGUAGGGCAGUAGUAUAUCCAUGAUGCCAACCACAAAAAAAAAACAAGCUGAAGCAUAAGCAUCCAUUUAAAGGUUUGUGUGUCCACAAAUUUAGCUGAAUGCUAUUGUAGCAAAACUUGACCAUGUGAGGAUGUUUUUUCUUUUAGCCAUCUAGCCAAUAACUCACGGUGCUACUACUUGCUGUGUGUGGACAAGAUAAAUUCUGUUUGAAUGAAAUGCUGUAUAAAGGGUGCUGUUCAGAAACCCACUUAAGCUGUGUCUGUUCAAGAUGUUCUUUGAGUAAAUCUUGUGUAUUGUAAACUACUGAAAGUAUUAAUAAAAAUUGACAUUUUUUUAAAAUUC